CCCUUUUUAUCUUCCUCCUCGCCUCUUGGAACCUGCUUUCCCCUUUAACGGUGAGAUUUGAAUUGUGCUAUCCUGACUAUCCGAAAGAACUGCAAAGUGGAAAAGUCCUUGGGAAGGUUCCAAAGGGGUCCGAGAGAAGCCUAGUACCAGAGGAGAGUCCCAGUGCUCCAGAGCAGUGACCUCCCCCAAGGGCGGAGUUCCCGAUCCAUCUAGCCCUCCUUUAUCCUCCAUCGAGGGAGGAGGCUUAGUCUUCAGCCUUCCCACCCCUCAAUUUACGCGGUAGCCUUCAAGGAAAAGACUACAGACCUCGGACGUCUAUCUCCACGCAUCCCCGAGGCCGCGGGCUCCCGUAGGCUCCCCGUGCCCCCGAGUCAUAGUCGGGACUCCUCGGUCGCGGGUGAUUGUCGGGUCCUCACGGGCCCGGGUCGCUGAGGCGGAUCAGGCCUCCGCGCCUUCUCAGGGCGCCCAACAAGACCUCAGGCAAGAUGAACAUUCUGGCGCCCGUGCGGAGGGACCGCGUCCUAGCGGAGCUGCCCCAGUACCUGAGGAGGGAAGCCGCUUUGCAUAUGCGCAAAGACUUCCACCCCCGGGUCACCUGCGCUUGCCAGGAGCACCGGACAGGCACCGUGGGCAGAUUUAAAAUCUCCAAGGUCAUUGUGGUGGGGGACCUGUCAGUGGGGAAGACUUGUCUCAUUAAUAGGUUCUGCAAAGACACCUUUGAUAAGAAUUACAAGGCCACCAUUGGAGUGGACUUUGAGAUGGAACGAUUUGAGGUGUUGGGCGUUCCCUUCAGUCUGCAGCUCUGGGAUACUGCUGGACAGGAGAGAUUCAAAUGCAUUGCAUCAACCUACUACCGAGGAGCUCAAGCCAUCAUCAUUGUCUUCAGUCUGAAUGAUGUUGCCUCCUUGGAACAUACCAGGCAGUGGCUUGCUGAUGCACUCAAGGAGAAUGACCCUUCCAGCGUGCUUCUCUUCCUUGUGGGUUCCAAGAAGGACCUGAGUACUCCUGCUCAGUAUGUGCUAAUGGAGAGAGACGCACUCAAGGUGGCCCAAGAGAUGAAGGCUGAAUACUGGGCGGUCUCAUCUCUCACUGGUGAAAAUGUCCGGGAAUUCUUUUUCCGUGUGGCGGCACUGACCUUUGAGGCCAAUGUGCUGGCUGAGCUGGAGAAGUCGGGGGCCCGGAGCAUUGGGGAUGUCGUUCGCAUCAACAGCGAUGACAACAACCUGUACCUAACCACCAACAAGAAGAAGCCUACAUGUUGCUUUUGAGGGGUGAGGGGUUGCUCAGCCCUGAGGCACUGUGCCGUCUUGACUCCCCCAGACCUCUACCCCUGGGCAUUUGCACUGACUGCUGUUACAGACCAAAGAGCUGCCCCUUGGUGGCAGUACCCCCAGAGGGGUAGUUGGGACCAUGCUAGUCACUUCCUGCCCCUAGGCAUCAUACCAAAGACUGAAUGCCCCCUUCCUUCGGGGGCUCUGCAGGGUGCCCAGGAGUGGAGAGAUGGUCCCUGCUGCUUUUGCUCCGCCUGCUGGGCCCUUUGGGUAUGAGGAUGCUUAAUGGUCCCAGCCCUACACUGUGCCUUAUGCAUUAAACCCGCUGUUAUUAGCAUUUUGGGGGUUGGAGUCCUUUGUUGGGGAUGAGGGAUAUGGAAUGGGCAGGGCUGUAUGGCAAUCUUGGAACUGGAGUCUCCUGCCGGGAUGCUGGCCAUCUCUGGCGCUGGGGGAGGCCUCAGGCAAGCUGGGUGCUUAGGGACCAGGUUUGGGGGGGGUCAUACUCUCAUUGGGCCAGAUCUGAAUUGUUGUUGAGAGCCCUUUCCUUUGGUUCCUUCCCUGCGAAUGUGUCCUACUCGGUGCUUAGAGCAAAAUUUCUAUCAUUGAAUAAUACUUUAUUUUUUUUAGCCUCUUCUCACCUUUCCUUUAACAGAUAGUUGUCUGAGAGGAACACAGAAGUGAUUGGGUUUUGGAUACCUGUGGCCCAGGGAGGGUAGGGGCUGGGCUCUUAUUCAGAAGAUAUUCUGUUUAACAUCGAAGUAUAUUAGAGGUACAAACAUAAAAUUAUGACCGGUGUCUUUUUACAGUUUAAAACAUGAUUAAACUAAAUUGA